AUGGAUCCUGACCCAGCACUCACACAUUUGUAUUCCUGCAGUCGCUGGGCAGGAUCAGAUGCUACCGAGGAAAGCGAAGAACAGUAUAUUAAUACAACCAAAUUAGAGCCAAAGCUUCAUUGUCUUGUCAUAUUAAGGAUUGACAUUUGGGGUGAAGUGGAUGACAAUUUAGUCAUAUUCUUUCACGGUGGUUAUUGGCAAGUUAGUCCCAAAGAACAAUUUCUUAUCAACUCACAUGGUCUUUACGUGCAAUAUAAAGUUCAGGAAGGGACGAGGAAAGUGGUUGCCCCUGCUGCUGUGAAUUUGCUGAAAAAAGGUAUAGCUAUGGCAGCAGUCGGCUAUGACUACGCAACUCCUACCCAUUCUAUAUCACAAAUGGUCAAGCAAGUGGCGACUGCUGUCAAAUUUAUACUCAGCAAAUAUCCUAAUGUAAACCACGUUACAUUAGCCGGACAUUCCGCUGGAGCUCAACUAGCAUUCAAAGUUUCAACCUGCUUGAAAAAUCCGCGAAUACAAAAACUCGUUUUGUUCUCUGGAGUUUUCGAACUUCAUGAGCUGCCAUUCUGCGAGAUUGGCAGUGUUAUUGGGUUUGUUAUAAUUUUUCUGCUAGCAUUCUUAGGGUCUCAUCUAAAUCUACGUAACUGGCUGCGCGAUUUCCGCGCGACAAGACUUCCGCGCCGCCAUGGCUGUCACCGAAGACAUAACUUAGUGAUCUCCUUGUGGGAGGAUGGUUCUUUUAGAGGAAGGAAUGACGAAAAAAGAUUGAGACUAGUAUUUAAGUGCAUAUUUUCAUCUAUCAACUGUUCGUUCUUCUUAUUAAAUUCAAUCACAUAUAUUCUCACAUUUUUACUAGAAUCAAUUAUCGCACAAGUGAGUAUUUUAAAAUGUAUUUUAUUUGUGUAUAUGUUUCCACGUCUAAGCUCUUCUUCAAUUUGGUAUUAUACGUUCGGAGGCGGUCGAGUGCCAUUUUUCCGGAAGGUACGCGGAACGUUUGCCAGGCACUCUUCUUCUCCACCUUCCUUCUGGGCUUUAAGCAAAGAGUUCUUCCAUGAACAUGCUUAGGC